AUGGGUCCAGAUCCUAAUUAUCAAACCUACAACCAAUGUAACUCAAAAUGGAAUCUUAUGAACAAACUCGUGACACAUUGGAAUGGAAUUUACACAAACUUUGAAAAGCAAUUGGCUAGCAUAGAAAGUAAAGCGGGUUUGUUGAAAAAAACACACGCUACAUUCCAAGAUAAUAUGCUAAAGCCUUUUAAGUUUAUUCAUGUGUGGGAAGUUGUCAAAAGAAGCAUUAGGUGGAAGGAGCUUGCAACACAUGAAGAAAUUUCUAAUCCACCAAAAAGAAGCCAAAAAUAUUCAUAUUCAAGAUCACAACAAGUCUCAUCAGAUGGUCACGUAGGUGUUAAUCUUAAUGAUGAUGACGACAACAUUGAAGAAAUACGUCCACCUCCUCCUCCAAUGGGAAGGGACAAAACAAAAGCUCGAGCAAACGGAAAAAGGAAAGCGGCAACUUCGAGUUCGUUAUUCAGAACCGAGUGGUCAGCUAGAUCGAAGGAAAUGAUGACACAAAGGCACAACUGA